AUGGAAGUGCAGGCGGAGGAUGGUGGUGGUCAGACAGGCCAUUGUAAAAUUGUUAUUGAAAUAGAUGACGUCAAUGAUAACGCGCCUGUUAUAUCAGUAAAGUCUCUGAAAAAACAAAUCCCAGAAAACAUCCCACCCGGUUCAGAGAUCGCUGUAAUAAACGUGAAGGACCAAGAUUCCGGUCAAAACAGCCGGUUCAGAAACCUCACUGUCAAAGUUGUUGCCAGAGACAAUGGAUCUCCACCGCUCAGCAGUAACGUGACUGUGAAAGUCUUCAUAACAGAUGAGAAUGAUAACUCUCCACAGAUAUUAUACCCUGUUCCUGAUGGGAAGUCUUUAAUGACUGAAAUGGUCCCUAAAGCGACUCUCUCAGGCUCUCUGGUGUCCAAAGUGAUCGCUAUAGAUGCUGACUCUGGACAGAAUGCAUGGCUGUCCUAUCAGAUUGUCAAAUCUACUGAUCCGGGACUGUUCACUAUUGGUCUCCAUAGUGGAGAGAUCAAAACACAACGAGACAUUUCUGAAUCUGACAACAUGAAGCAGAUCCUUGUUAUUUCGGUGAAAGAUAAUGGACAGCCCUCUCUGUCUAUGACCUGUUCUGUAAAUGUACUCAUUUCUGACAACCUUUCUGAAGUUCCUGAACUUAAAGAUAUGACUUAUGAGGACAACAACUCUAAAUUAACAUCAUAUUUGAUCAUUGCAUUAGUUUGCGUGUCCACCUUCUUCCUGACGUUCAUCAUGUUGAUCGUGGCAGUGAAGUUUUGUCACAAGAGAAAGCCCAGACUGUUGUUUGAUGGAGCAGUUGCUGUUCCCAGCGCCUAUCUCCCUCCCAAUUAUGCAGAUGUGGAUGGAGCAGGAACUCUCCGCAGCUCUUACAAUUAUGACGCAGCAUCAACUGCUAAAGUUAUAAUAGAUAUAAUUGAUGUGAAUGACAAUCCGCCUAGAAUCACCCUUAAAUCUUUGAAUAACCCAGUACCUGAAAACUCUGAGCCAGGCACUGAGGUGGGAAUCAUUAAUGUUCAAGACAAAGAUUCAGGAGAAAACCGGCAGGUUCGUUGCUCUGUUCAGCAAAAUGUUCCUUUCAAACUGAACCCAUCUGUUAAAAACUAUUUCUCUCUAGUGACUACAAAAGCUCUAGACCGAGAGAAAGAAUCUGAUUACAACAUUACCAUCACAGCCACAGAUGGGGGAUCUCCACCAUUAUCCACCUCCAUGACAAUUCAUUUAUUUGUCUCAGAUGUGAAUGAUAAUCCUCCUGUAUUUGUGCAGCAGUCAUACAGUGCUUAUAUACGUGAAAAUAACAAACCUGGCACUUCUGUUUGUUCUGUCAGUGCAAAUGACCCAGACUGGAGACAGAACGGGACUGUACUGUACUCUCUGGUAACCAGUGAAGUCAAUGGGGUCCCAGUGUCCUCGUUUCUAUUUAUUAAUGGAGAUACAGGGGUGAUUCAUGCUGUAAGAUCAUUUGACUAUGAGCAGUUCAGAAACCUCACUGUCAAAGUUGUUGCCAGAGACAAUGGAUCUCCACCGCUCAGCAGUAACGUGACUGUGAAAGUCUUCAUAACAGAUGAGAAUGAUAACUCUCCACAGAUAUUAUACCCUGUUCCUGAUGGGAAGUCUUUAAUGACUGAAAUGGUCCCUAAAGCGACUCUCUCAGGCUCUCUGGUGUCCAAAGUGAUCGCUAUAGAUGCUGACUCUGGACAGAAUGCAUGGCUGUCCUAUCAGAUUGUCAAAUCUACUGAUCCGGGACUGUUCACUAUUGGUCUCCAUAGUGGAGAGAUCAAAACACAACGAGACAUUUCUGAAUCUGACAACAUGAAGCAGAUCCUUGUUAUUUCGGUGAAAGAUAAUGGACAGCCCUCUCUGUCUAUGACCUGUUCUGUAAAUGUACUCAUUUCUGACAACCUUUCUGAAGUUCCUGAACUUAAAGAUAUGACUUAUGAGGACAACAACUCUAAAUUAACAUCAUAUUUGAUCAUUGCAUUAGUUUGCGUGUCCACCUUCUUCCUGACGUUCAUCAUGUUGAUCGUGGCAGUGAAGUUUUGUCACAAGAGAAAGCCCAGACUGUUGUUUGAUGGAGCAGUUGCUGUUCCCAGCGCCUAUCUCCCUCCCAAUUAUGCAGAUGUGGAUGGAGCAGGAACUCUCCGCAGCUCUUACAAUUAUGACGCGUAUCUAACCACAGGCUCGCGCACCAGUGACUUUAAGUUUAUGAGCUCGUAUAAUGAAAACACGCUUCCUGCUGGUGGGACUCUGAUGAAGAGUGACAUCGAUUCUAAUAUGUUGCACCUGUCUGACGAAGGGGAGUGUACAGAGGUAAAGGUCUGUUUUAAUCCUUAAAUUUUGCCCGUCUGUACUGUGACUUGGAAACACAUCUGCAAAAAAAAAAAAAGAAAUGAUGACGAUGAUGCACUUAAGCCCUUAAAAUGCUUUAGAACGGAUUCUGUUUUGCAAUUCCUUAGAAAUGCAAUUCUUAGAAAUUCCUUUUUUAAUUCCCUUUGACUUCCACAACUGUUAGUUUGAGGAAGACCUUUGCUAGAAUCUUCUUGCAAGAAAAUAAAUCAUAAU